AUGUCGUGGGCUGCACUUGUGGAGAAAGCGAAGGAUGUCACGCCGGCGGUGACGGAACCGAAACGAGUUGCGUUUGCGGUAGAACCCGGUGAAGGAAGAAAAAAGGAGAGCAAUAGUGCGGAAGGUAAAGAUGGCAACGAUGUGGUGGGGGAUGUAGUGGGUGUGGAAGUGCCCUCAUUCUCGAAAGGCCUUUUGGUUCUUGAUGCGAACGCCUUCAUCAAAGGUAUGAAUUUGCUAGACGGCACAGCUGAUGCACUCGUAACGACCUCACAGGUUAUUUCCGAGGUGCGCGAUCGUGCAGCUCGCCAGAUGCUGGAAAGGCUUCCAACGCACCUCCAUGUAUUGGAACCCUCGAAGGAGUCGGUGACCGCCAUCGUCAACAUCGCACAGAAAACAGGUGACUUAGGCACUCUGAGCCGAACAGAUAUUCGUGUGUGUGCACUUGCGCUGGAUUGUUGCAAGGCCACUAAUACGCUUUUGGAGCCAAUAGCGCCUCGAGCUGCGGUGAUCAACCCUGAGUGUAGCGACGGAACAAAGAUUGUAACAGAGCUGAAAGAUGAAAGUGAAGAAGCACAAAGCGAGGAUGAUCAAAACGAUGAAGGUGUAGCUGAUCAUAAGAACGAUACGGAAAGAGGGGACGACGACGAUGAAGGCUGGAUUACGCCAGAAAAUAUUCAUUUAUGUAAGGCAAACGAGGGCUCGAGUGCCGGAGCCGCUGCAGGGGAACGGUUUGAGUGUGGGGUCGCAUGCGUUACGUCAGACUAUGCGAUGCAAAACACUCUGCUGCACGUUGGUGUCCCAAUAGUUGGACCGCACGGCAUGAGAAUACGCGAAGUGCGGCAAUGGCUGCUCCGCUGCACCGCCUGUUUCACUAUCAAUGCAGACACGACACGACAGUUCUGCAGUGAAUGCGGUAGCGGUAAUACGCUUCGGCGUGUGCAGUAUGUCGUCACCACUGACGGAGAACGGCAAUUGUUUAUUAACUUCCGUAAGCGGAUUAGCACCCGUGGAACAGUGUACAAUCUCCCAAAACCACGUGGAGGACGAAGGGGAACAAACAGAUGUCUGGUGCUUCGCGAAGAUCAAUUGGCACACCUUAUCCGUGGAACCACCUCCAUGAAAAUGAAAGAGAAACUUGCCACACGAUCUGGAAACGGCGGACUCGAUGAUGAUCUGGCUGCCUUCGGUGAGGCACCGAAGCAACGUAAGCGGGACCCCGAUCAACCACGAGUGACCUCAUCCUAUCAUAAGUACAAUGUGAACGAACGGAAAAAGCUUCGCGCGGCGCGACGGAAGUGA